AUGUCUGUUCGUCUCCCUGGAGGCAUACACUCGCCACAACAGCUCUGGGACUUUUUGAUUGCUAAAGGUGAUGCUCGCGGCCCAGUACCUAAGUCAAGAUAUGACGCCUCUGCAUACUACUCUGACUCCGAGAUGCCGAAUCCCGGUAGUACCAAGACCGAAUAUGGAUAUUUUCUUGAUGAGAGCAUUGACUUGGCUUACAUUGAUACGUCAUUCUUCUCCAUGGCAAAGCUCGAUGUUGAGAGAAUGGACCCACACCAACGACAAAUGCUCGAGGUUGCUCGCGAGUGCCUUGAAGAUGCAGGUGUGAACUGGAAAGGUCGACCGAUCGGCUGCUAUAUGGGAAGCUUUGGUGAGGAUUGGGUCGAGAUGUCUGCGAAGGAGAACCAGCAAUAUGGCUUAUACCGUGUGACUGGAUAUGGAGAUUUCAUGCUUUCCAACCGCAUUUCAUAUGAAAUGGAUCUGACGGGACCAAGCAUGGUAAUCCGCACGGGCUGCUCUGCAGCUCUUGUUGCAUUGCACGAGGCAUGUGUAGCGGUUUCCAGAGGCGACUGCGAAGGAGCCAUUGUCGGCGGAGCCAAUUUAAUAAUGGCCCCAGGAAUGACCGCCGCAAUGUCAGAGCAAGGCGUUCUUGCCCCAGAUGGGUCGUGCAAAACUUUUUCUGCUGAUGCUAAUGGCUAUGCUCGUGGAGAGGCAGUCUCUGCUAUCUUUAUCAAGCCACUAGCAGAGGCUAUACGCGAUGGCAACCCGGUGCGAGCUGUUAUCCGCGCAACAGCUUCAAAUAGCGAUGGAAAGGGUACCGGUGCCGGCAUAUCAAUGCCAAAUGAUGUUGCACAAGAAGCAAUGAUCAGGCGAGCUUACGAAGUUGCUGGUAUCCCGGAGUACGAUUACUCCCAAACAGCCUUCGUUGAGUGCCAUGGCACAGGAACCUCAAUCGGAGACCCAAUAGAGACCAGGGCAAUUGGUCGUGUCUUUGGUCCAUCCGGGGGUGUUCAAAUUGGCUCUGUCAAGCCUAAUCUUGGCCACUCUGAAGGUGCCUCAGGCCUAACCUCGCUAAUCAAGUCAGUUUUGGCACUAGAGCAUCGUGUUAUUCCCCCGAACAUCAAGUUCAAUGAGCCUAACCCUAAUAUACCAUGGGAAAGUGGUCUUUCUGUGCCCACAGAGGCAAUGCCAUGGCCCAACUCUCGAAAAGAGCGUAUCAGUGUCAACUCUUUUGGAAUUGGAGGCACAAACGCUCAUGUCAUCCUCGAUUCCGCUCAAAGCUUCGGUGUCUCUCCUAUCACGAAUCAGACUAUGACAACUCCACAACUACUUGUCUAUUCCGCCAACAAUGCCGAUUCACUGAAGAAGAUAAUAGUCAAUUACAGUGAUUACGCACAAAAACACCCCGGUAUGGUGAAUAACCUGGCCUUCACUCUAGCCAAACGAAGAGAGCAUUUGUCCUAUCGAGCAUUCGCCGUGGCAAACCUAUUUGGGGGUAUUACGGCUUCACUACCUUUUCGGUCUUCUAGCGAAACUCCCAAUAUUGUCAUGGUCUUCACUGGCCAGGGUGCCCAAUGGCCAGAAAUGGGUCGGUGCAUGAUACUGGCCUAUCCUGUCUUCAAAAAGAGUAUCAGAUCUCUUGAUGCGUAUAUCCAAACCCUUGAGGAUGAUGCUCCAGACUGGACAAUUGAGGAAGAGCUACAGAAGCCAAUCCAGACUAGCAGACUCGGCUCAGCUGAAUAUUCUCAGCCUCUUUGCACUGCAAUUCAAAUAGCCCUAGUCGACAUCUUUGCCUCCGUUGGUGUUCAGUCUGAUGCUGUUAUUGGUCACUCUAGUGGCGAGAUAGCUGCCGCAUAUGCUGCCGGUGCACUCACUGCCAAGGAGGCCAUUAUAACUGCGUUUUAUCGUGGUAAGGUCACCAAAAUGCAAACCAAAAUAGGGGCUAUGGCCGCGAUAGGCCUUGGCUCAGACAGCGUACAAGAAUAUCUGCAGCCCGGAGUAACUGUUGCUUGCGAAAACUCGAACAAAAGUGUUACUAUCGCUGGUGACUGCGAGGCAGUUGAGUUUUCAAUGACCAGAAUCAAAGAAACCCAUCCUGACAUCCUGGCCAAAAAGCUACAGGUAGACAAGGCAUACCAUUCUCACCAUAUGGCUGAGAUAGGUGAUAUAUAUCAUGCCCUUAUAGAAAAUCACAUAUCCAGCAAAGGCUCAAAAUCGACCUUCAAAAUGCUGUUUUUCAGUAGCCUUGAGGGCAAGCUACUCACCCCGGAGUCGAACCUGGAUUCCCGAUAUUGGCAGAGAAAUUUAGAGUGUCCUGUCCUCUUCCACUCUGCUAUUUCCUCCAUCAUCCGGCACAAAAUUGCGAACAAUAUGGUAUUCCUCGAGGUCGGCCCACAUUCCGCUCUCGCUGGUCCCCUACGUCAAGUCCAGAGCCACCUAUCUAACACUUCUCCUUAUGCCUGUUCACUCGUUCGCAACCAGAACGACGUGGAAUCAUUUUUAACAGCCAUCGGGAAGCUUUAUACUCUUAAUGCUAGCCUUGACCUUAACCGGGUCAUUACGGAGGGUUUGGCCCUACCAGAUCUUCCGAGAUACCCCUGGGACCAUUCAAAGAAAUUUUGGCACGAGUCUCGAUUAACCAAGCAUUGGCGACACCGACUGGGAGGACAUAAGCAUCACAGUCUUUUGGGCGUUCGACUAGCAGAAAGUCUCGAAUUUGAGGUUCUUUUCCGCAAUGUCUUCCAUCUGGACAACGCGGCAUGGAUUCGUGACCACAAAAUCGGCGAAGAUAUCGUCUUUCCUCUCGCUGCUUAUGUUGGAAUGGUUGGCGAGGCUGUGCGGCAGAUCACUGGAGUCAAUGAAGCAUUUAUAAUGCGAAAUGUGGUCGCCAAUACUGCAUUGGUCUUGAGAGAAAACAGCCAGCCAGUCGAAAUAAUGACUAUAAUGCGCCGUCACCGCUUAACAGAUUUCCUCGACAGUGACUGGUGGGAGUUCACAAUCGCUUCUCACAGCGGCACAGUCUCAAUAAAGCAUUGCUUUGGUGAGGCUAGAUCAUAUAGCGGAAAUGUCUACCAGGAAAGCAGUACCCCUCUAUUGCGCAAAAUCGAUACUCGUCGCUGUUACCGGUCUAUGGCUAGAUCUGGUCUCAAUUUCGGGCCUGCAUUCCAACGUCUAGAUGACAUUCGGUCAGAUACUCUGACAACAGAGGCAACAUCAGAGGUAAUCAGCAAGACAACCGAUGGCGAGGGCUACCACCUCCAUCCGACCAUAAUUGAUGCUUUGCUACAGCUACUCAGUAUCGCUGCAUCAAAGGGUUACGCCAAUCCUACCACUAAAAUGAUGGUGCCGACGAACAUCGAGGAAUUGUGUAUUUACACAAGUCAUGAAAAUGUCCAAGUCCGAGCAUCUGCAUCAUACACUCCAAACGGCUCUAUCAUUGGUGGCGGACAGUGUGUCUCUAAUGGUAAGCUUGUCUUACGUGGUUCGGGCAUCAGGCUCUCUGUUAUAGAUGACCAGGAGUCCAAAGCCGAUGAAACUACUGCCCGCGCAGAAUGGGGGCCUCACAUUGACUUUUUGGAUGUGAAUACUCUUAUUCUGCCAUCGGUCGAUCGUAGUGCCCACACAGAAGCCCUAACAGAGCUAUGCCAUAUUUGCAUGGUUCACACAAAUCGAGUCAUUGCAGGCCUUGACACUACAAUCAGUCAUAUGCGAAAGUAUCGGUCUUGGGUUAGGGCACAACUGCAGCUUUGUGAUUUUGAUCACUCCAUGCUUGACAAUUAUACCAUUGAGCAGCAAGUCAAGUGCGUUGUCAAUAAUUUGUCGCAAACUGUAGCUGCCGCUCCUUCUAAGGCCAUUCAGAAGAUAUUCAACAGUGUCGAAAGGAUCUUCACCGGUGAAGUAGAGGCACUGGAUUUACUUAUUUCGGACGGCACAAUGAACAGCCUAUAUGCCUCCAUUGAUCAGUGUGAUGAGUCACAGUUUUUUCAACAUUUGGCACACAGCAAGCCCAAUCUACGUGUCCUCGAGAUCGGUGCCGGGCUAGGUGGGUCUACUGCCAGUGCCUUGAGGUACUUAACGCCCGGUGGUAGAACGCUAUACUCAAGUUAUACCUUUACUGAUAUUUCUCCUGGAUUCUUCGUUGCUGCGAAAAAUCGCUUCGGUUCAUAUCCCAACAUGGAAUUUGCAACUCUCGAUAUUAGCAAAGACCCCCUGGAGCAGGGCUUUCAUGGUGUAUACGAUCUCAUCCUAGCAACCAAUGUGAUUCACGCCACCCCAUAUCUUAAUGAAAGUUUGAAGAAUGUGCACAAACUACUCGCACCCAGUGGCCGGCUUUUGCUUCAUGAGCUAGCACCAUCACCAACUUCUAAAUGGGUGAAUUACAUCUGGGGAACUCUCGCGGGCUGGUGGAAUGGCGAAGCUGAUGACCGAGUAGAUGAGCCAUAUGUGGAUGUCCAUCGCUGGGUGAGAGAGCUGAAGGCUGCUGGAUUCCGUACCCCCGAUGCUGUCGUUCUUGAUGCACCAGAACCAUAUCAGCUGGGUGCUGUUAUUGUGGCCAGACAGGCGCCUGAGAAGGAAAACUUUCCUAAGAAAUGUGUGACACUCCUGAGUCUUUCUGCGUCUAGUCGUAUACGCUCUAUGGUUCAGGCUUUGGAAAACAGGGGAUAUGUCGUUGACCGCUGGGGACUACAGGGCGCCCAUUUGCCUGCUAGCCAAGACGUGAUUGCUUUCCUUGAUGAUGAAGCACCAUUCUUCGAAAACAUAGAUCAACAGCGAUUCGAAGCAUUCAAAGCCUUAGUUGAGAAUAUGGAAGAAUGCGGUAUCGGUAUUCUCUGGGUGACCAAACUUUUACAAAUGGAGUGUCGGGAUCCACGAUAUGGCCAGAUCAACGGCAUCGCGAGAUCCAUCCGAUCCGAGAAACUGGUUAGCCUUGCCACAUGUGAGGUCGACAACGUGGACUCUGAUUCUUCCCGCGAUAAAAUUAUCGAUGUGUUCGAGAGAUUUCAGCUACGCCAAGAGGGCCACUCUCUGAAGCCUGAAUUCGAAUACGCUGUUGUCAGAAAUACGGUCCAGGUUGCACGCGUUUAUCCCUUCCUGGUGCAUGACGAGAUCUCGACCUCUUCUGUAGACGAUGUUAUUACUCUACGCUCGAGGAAGCCUGGUAGUCUAAGCACUUUGCACUGGGCUUGCCAGGAGACAAAACAACUACUGGAGGGUGAUGAUGUGGAGAUUGACAUACAUUCCACUGGCUUGAACUUCAGGGAUGUUUUAUGUGCAAUGAAUAUUGUCGAAGCUUCUGGAAUUGGAUUUGGCCUUGAGGCUGCUGGUACUGUUCGGCGUACCGGUCCUCACGUCAAAGAUCUAAAAGCUGGCGACCGUGUGUUUUUGAUUGGAUCUGGUGCAUUCAGCACCCAGGUAGUUGUUUCCGAAAAUCUCUGUGAGAGAAUCCCAGGUGGUUUGACUUUUGAGGAUGCGGCUACAAUGCCUUGUGUGUUCGCUACAUCGAUAUACUGCAUUUUCAACAUUGGCAAUCUACAGAAAGGACAGUCCAUUCUUAUACAUAGUGCCUGUGGAGGGGUUGGCAUCGCUUCCAUUCAGCUCGCUCAGAUGGUCGGUGCUGAGAUUUAUGUCACUGUCGGGAAUGAGGAGAAAGUGAAAUAUCUCAUGGAAAAUUUUGGUCUACCUCGAAAGCGAAUCUUCAAUUCUCGCAACAUCUCGUUUGUCGAGGACGUUCUACGGGAGACCAACGGCGGUGUCGACCUAGCACUUAACUCACUGUCUGGCGAGUUGCUACAUGCUACGUGGAAGUGCAUUGCAGUCUUUGGAAAAAUGAUCGAGAUUGGCAAACGAGAUCUGUUAGGAUCUGGAAAGCUUGAUAUGAGCCCCUUCAUCCAAAAUCGCAAUUAUUGCUGCGUUGACUUGGAUCAGAUCUGCUUAAGGAGACCGACCAUUUUGAAGCAGCUACUUAAGAGAGUCGUUCAGCUGCUUAGAGAGCGAUAUAUCCAUCCGAUCCGACCAAUCAAAAUCUUCAAAGCAGAUGCAAUACUGGACGCAUUCCGAUACAUGCAACAGGGUAUCCACUUAGGCAAGAUCGUGGUGUCGAUUCGCGAUUCUGCCAGUCAGGUGAAUCUAGAUUUAGAGGGGCAGGUACAAAAGCGCAGAGAGCCCACGCAGUUCACCAGUUCUGGCGCAUAUCUCUUGGUCGGCGGCCUCGGAGGCAUAGGCCGUUGUCUUUCUGUCUGGAUGGCAGAACGUGGCGCACGUCACUUCAUUUUUCUUUCCCGCAGCGCGGGUACAAGCCAGGAGCACCGAGACUUUGCUCGAGAGCUAAUCAGUAUGGGGUGCCACGUCGGCUUUGUCCAGGGUAGUGUUUCCAAUCUUGACGAUGUGACCAAGGCCGUCACGCGAGCUCAAGCUGAGGGCCAAUUGAAGGGUAUCUUUCAGAUGUCCAUGGUAAACCGGGACCAAAACUUGACACGUAUGACCCUGGAUGACUGGAACGAAGCCGUGAAUCCUAAAGUCAAUGGAACCUGGAACCUCCAUAAUACAGCUCUCUCCGCUGGCGCAGAACUUGACUUUUUUGUCCUUUUCAGCUCUCUGUCUGGUAUGUUUGGGCAGCCUGGUCAAAGUAACUAUGCCGGCGCGAAUACCUUCCUGGAUGCAUUCUCUCAAUACCGCCUUGGCUUGGGAUUGCCGGCCUGUGCGAUUGGUAUAGGAGCGGUCGAGGAAGUGGGCUGCCUCGCCGUCCGCGAAUCAGUCAUGCAAAGGUUCAAGGCCACCGGUAUAUUGGGUGAUACAAUUUCUAUAUGCCAGCUUUUCGAGGGAAUAGAGUUGGCCAUCAAAUCGACAACCGACAAGCCUUCAAACAACUUCUGCAUUGGACUUCAAUGUAGGGUGCCCCUGAAUGAUCCUGGUAACCGUGCUCUCUGGAAGCAAGACAUCCGGACGGCGGUCUUCCACAACAAAGCCACCAGCAACACAUCAAGUACUGCCUCCAGUGACAAUCUCAAAUCAUUCAUCGCCUCGGCGAAGGGCCAUCCCACUUUGUUAGUUCGACCAGAUUCCGCUCAUUUUCUAGCUCUCGAGAUUGGAAAGAAAGUUUUCAGCUUCUUGUUGAAGUCAGAAGAUGAUCUGCAUACAUGGUGCUCAUUGUCUGAUCUUGGUAUGGAUUCUCUUGUGGCAAUCGAAAUGAGGCAGUGGUGGAAAAUGACGUUCAAGUUCGAUAUCAGUGUGCUGGAGAUGAUGGGAAUGGGCACUUUGGAUGCCCUCGGGGAGCAUGCUGCCAAGGGUUUGCUGAUAUUGUUCAAUGGUGGCGAUGAACAGGCCAAUUAG